AAAAAAGGAUACGGUGUAUGGUGCGUAUUUUAUUUUUAGGCAAGUAAAAAGUAAACAGAAGAAUAACACACACGCGUCACAGGAACGUAUACAGGAAUAGCCUUUUAAUAAUUUUAUACGUACACAACGUCUCAUAGUUAUUGUAAUUUGAAAAUAAUUGAAUUUUCUUGUGUGUUUACAUGAAUGUUUUUAUUAUAUUGGCAUGAAAAUUAAGUGUUGUCGAAGUUUAUUUACUUAAGAUGGAUUCAAUGAGCAAGAAGUUCAUCACCGAAAUGUUUUUGGACAGCGACAGUGUUACAUCUAUAAACAGGCUAGUGAUUGCUGUGGCUAAAGUAGUGAACGAAAACGUUGAAAACAUUUCAACUAUUAAUGAUGUAAUUCAAAAAGAAUAUGAUCAAGCUUUGCUCCCCAUUGACACAAACCAGCAAAAAGAUGUUUUUGGGCUUUCAGUCCCAAUCAGAUCAAAGAACUUUUAUGAAGAAACCAUUGUAAAUUUUAAUAAUGAUGACUAUAUAGAAUUUUUCAAAAUGAAAAAGAGCACAGUGGAGGCCCUCGUUAAACUUUUAAAUGACUUAGUAAAGCCGGGGAGCAUUGUGCCUUUAGAUAAAAAAGUGCAUGUAUUUCUUUGGCUGUUAAUCAACUCAUCAUCAUGCAGUGAAGUUGGCCUCCUGUUCAACCUGCAUAAAUCAACAGUGAAUCUGAUAUUCCAUGAAAUUGCUACACUGUUAACAGAACAAAGAUAUAAUUUCAUCAGCUGGCCAUCAAUAGAAGAGCAGCAUCUCACAAGGGUGAAAGUUAAUAAUAGAUUCAAUUUCCCUAAUUGUGUGGGUUUUAUAGAUGCUUGUAGACUCAAGGUGUCAUCUAUAAGAAAUAAAAGAUCUAAACCUGAUAUUGUACUUCUUCAAGCAGUCUGUGAUGAGUCGCUCAUGUUUGUAGAUAUUCAUGUUAGUGAGAUUGGAAGAACAAGGAAAGGAAAAGUAUUUAGAGAAAGUAAAAUAGCCCAGGAGCUGAAAAAUUUUGUUGAUUUUGAAAAUCACAUUUUAGGCGACUCUCAGUAUAAGUUGAGGAAAAAUUUGAUAACACCUUUUUCAAGUGAAGAAUUACUAACCAGUGAAGAGAUGAAGUUUAAUGAGGUUCACUGGAAAGCCCGUUCAUAUAUUGGUCAUGCAUUUGAGAUGCUUAAAGAGAGAUUUAGGAAGUUAAAUCAUAUUGACAUCAAUAGGCAUGAAACUGUUAAAACACUGAUAUGUGCAUCCUGUGUACUUCAUAAUUUCAUUUUACUCCAUGAAGGAUGCUCAGAUUUGAAAGAGGAAACAAUUGCUUGUAAUGAUGGUGUUGUUAUAGAUACCGAUAUUGUUAAAAGUGCUGUUGAAAAGCGCCAAUUCUUAUGUAAUUAUAUUAAUUAUUUAGAAAGUACAUAAAAUUCCGUUUUACCCACUAACAGUUUUCAGGACACUUUACUAUGUUGCUCUUUUAAGGUUUGUUACAAAUAUAUAACUGCCAUGUGAAGCAAGCAUAAAUAAAAGAACAUUUUUGUAAUAAUGUGUUUAUUUCA